AGUGAUGGUUGACGAAUGCGUAGGACCGCCCAUCGUUAUAGCAGCAGCGGCGGAUCCGCGCCCUCCGGGUCUGGGUGCUGCCGCCCCGCCACGCCCCGGAAGUCAUCCCCGGACGCGGACGCACACCUCCCAACACGUCCCGUCCACCCCGGCCCGAUCCUCCGCGCACGCCAGACAGAGGUGGGCGAGCACUACUACACACACCCAUCCACGCUCACUACAAGAGCCAGCCACGCACGCGACCGCGCCCAAGGACACGACGACCAACCAAGGGAGAAGAGAAGAGGAGAGAAGAGAAGGGAGAGGGCGGCGACGAGGGCGCACGACGGCACGCCGAACGCUCUCGCAAUGCAUCACGCCAAGACCGACUCGGAGGUGACGUCGAGCAUGGCGCCGUCGUCGCCUUCGCGGGCGCCCUACUACGUGCAGUCGCCCAGCCACGACGACGGCGAGAACCACUCCAAGACGGCCGCCUCCUCCUUCCACUCCUCCCCGGCCGCCUCCCCGCCGCGCUCGCUCGGGAACCACUCCAGGGAGUCCUCCUCCUCGCGCUUCUCCGGCAAGGUCCCCUCCGCCGGCUCGUCCCGCCGCGGGGUCGCCGGCGGAGGCGGGAAGCGCGGCGGGGGUGGCGGCGGCGGCGAGGCGGCGCGCCGCAGCCCCUGGAUGAAGGAGGCGGCCAUCGAGGAGGAGGGGCUCCUCAUGGAGGACGACGACGACGCCGACGGCCGCGCCGGCGGCUUCUCGGCGCUCCCCAAGAAGGUGCGCUACGGGCUGGCCUUCGUCAGCGCCUUCCUCGUGCUCUUCACCUUCUUCGCCCUCAUCCUCUGGGGCGCCAGCCGCAACCAGAAGCCCGUCGUCUCCGUCAACAGCGUCACGUUCCACAGCUUCGUGAUCCAGGCGGGGACGGACGCGUCGCUGGUGCCCACGGAGAUGUCCACGAUCAACGCCACGGUGAGGCUCACGUUCCGCAACACGGGGAGCUUCUUCGGCGUGCACGUCACGGCGCAGCCCGUCACGCUCUACUACUCCCAGCUCCUCAUGGCCUCCGGCGACAUGAAGUACUUCUACCAGCCUCGGAAGAGCCAGCGCAAGGUGGCGGUGACGGUGGUGGGCAACAAGGUGCCGCUGUACGGCGGCGGCGCGGGGCUGAGCAGCACGCCGGGGCCCAAGGGCGUGCCCCCGCCGCCGGUGCCGCUGCAGCUGACGCUGAGGAUCAGGGCGCGGGCGCUGGUGCUGGGCAAGCUGGUGAAGCCCAGGUUCUACAACAACGUGCAGUGCAGCGUCCGCCUGGACACGACCAAGCUGGGCAAGGCCAUCUCCCUCAAGAAAUCAUGCACCCACGUCUAGCCACCCUGCCAGACCUUUCUUCUUGUUGUUGCUGCAUAUGUUAUGUCCGUAAUGUAAUACUCCUACGUGGAUUACUGCCAUUUUGAAGGGAGAAAGCAUCAUGUCUGUUGUGUAUGUACAGAUGAAUUUUGUCGCCUGCGUCGGGAUGGAAUGAAUGAAUGAUCACGCGUUUCUUGCCGCA